AGCAAGAGAGAGACGAGUGAGCGCAAGUGGAAAGUGACCGAGCGACAAAAGAUGUUGAGUUUUUUCCGGAGAACCCUUGGGCGCCGGUCUAUGCGCCGGCAUGCAGAGAAAGAGCGACUGCGAGAAGCUCAGAAGGCAUCUACUCACAUUCCUGCAGCAGGUGACGCAAGGUCUGUUAUCACCUGCAGAGUGUCGUUACUGGACGGAAGUGAUGUCAGUGUGGAUCUGCCUAAAAAAGCCAAAGGUCAGGAAUUGUUCGAUCAGAUCAUGUACCACCUAGAUCUAAUUGAAAAGGACUACUUUGGGUUGCGCUUUAUGGAUUCUGCACAGGUGCCGCAUUGGCUGGAUAACACCAAGAGUAUAAAAAAGCAAGUGAAAAUUGGUCCUCCUUACUGUCUUCAUCUUCGUGUAAAAUUCUACUCUUCAGAACCGAACAACCUUAGGGAGGAGCUGACCCGGUAUUUGUUUGUUCAACAACUGAAACAAGAUAUACUCAGUGGAAAAUUGGAAUGUCCCUUUGACACCUCAGUGCAGUUGGCAGCAUAUCUCUUACAAGGUGAGUUGGGAGAUUUUGACCCCACUGAACACACACCAGAUCUGAUAUCAGAGUUUCGGUUUAUACCCACUCAGAAUGAGGAGAUGGAAGUUGCAGUGUUUGAAAAGUGGAAAGAAUUCAGGGGGCAGACUCCUGGGGAAGCUGAGACCAAUUAUCUGAAUAAAGCAAAGUGGUUGGAGAUGUAUGGUGUGGAUAUGCAUAUAGUGAAGGCUCGUGAUGGGAAUGAUUAUCAGCUUGGCCUGACCCCAACAGGAGUUCUCGUAUUUGAAGGAGACACAAAGAUUGGCUUGUUUUUCUGGCCAAAAAUAACCAGACUGGACUUCAGAAAGAGCAAAUUAACACUAGUGGUGGUAGAAGAUGAUGAACAGGGUAAAGAGCAAGAGCAUACAUUUGUGUUUAAAAUGGAUCAUCCAAAGGCUUGCAAGCAUUUGUGGAAAUGUGCGGUGGAACAUCAUGCUUUCUUCCGGCUGCGAGGUCCUGUACAGAAGAGCUCAAGCCGGUCUGGCUUUAUACGGUUGGGAUCACGAUUCAGAUACAGCGGAAAGACUGAAUAUCAGACCACAAAAAGCAGUAAACCACGGCGCUCGGCAUCUUUUGAACGUAGGCCUAGCAAACGGUACUCCAGACGAACUUUGCAGAGCAGAGCACAACCUUGGAAAUAUGAGCCACCAAACAUUCGUGGUGGUCCUGCAGAUCAAGCCAAUGGAUCCCAGCAUGUUUGGCCAAUGAAGCCUUCCCUUCCUGUGGUGAAUGCUCUUCCAACUGGACCUGUUUUGGUAGAAAUUGAAAACCUUCCAAGGAGUCCUGGUGCAAGUCAUGGGGAGAAGAAAUGGCCUACCGGGACUGCUGGUCUCAUUCAGGAUGUUGGAAACAAUGCAAAAACACAGCCUGCCUCAACUUCACUACUUGGGGAUAGGAACUACACCCAUUUUGUUUAUGAGCAGAAUGCUAAGAAUGCUGGGAAACCAAUUGAACUCCGCAACUUUGGCGCUAGAACAACUAUGACUGAUCUGAUUAUUGGUUCUCAUUCUCUGCUUUGUCGCUUUAACAGCUUUGUUGGCUUGCUUGAUAACAAGGAUUUGCUGGAGAGAAGCCUUGAUGACAUUGCUGUAACACCAGUCUCAUCAGACACAGCUGUGGUUCCAGAUGUAGCUGACCAGUGUCUUUCCAACCCCAACUUAGAAGAAAAGCCAACAGAACAAGAUGGCAUUCCCACAGCUUUUGAAGACCUGCCUGUGAAACUGAAUAAUGUGGAAGCUGAUAAUGUGAGCGCACAUCCUGUUUGGGCCAACAUUAACCUUCAUGUAAACAAACAGGAUGAUAUUAAACUUACUGAGAAAUGCCUGAACAACUCCAUAGAAAGUCCUUUGACCACAUCUGUGCGGCUCUCAUCUGACAUAAAGAGCAAUAUCUUGAAGGCACAAGUGGAAGCUGGACAGAAGAUUACAAAUGAGGAAUCAGUAUGUGGAAACAAAGGCCUGUUUGAGAACAUCCCCUCCAGAAGCUUGACUGCAAAGAUUAAUAACACAUCAUUGACGCAGUUAAAUCAAGAGCCUCCAGAAUUGAGAGAUUUGCAAAAACCUGAGCAGAGGUUUUUUAUUACGCGCAAUCUAAGUGAAGUUAAAGAUGUGUCCAGAACAGAAAACGCAGAAUUCCUUUCAGUCUUAUCUCCGUCAGAAGAGGUUUCUGAAAUUAAGUCUGCAACUGAAGACCUUGAUAAUCUUCUAGCAUCACUUACUGAAAACCUAAUUGAUUUCACAGACAGCCCUCCACCGCAGGAGGUCACUCACCCAAGAGUCACUCCACGGUGGAUUGUACCUCAGAACACUGUUGUAUCAAAGGGACUGCUGAACUGUGAAGUUGAUUUGCCAGUCAAAAUUGUCGACACCAUCCCAGAUGCCCUCAUUGCCCAGGUGGCUUCAUUAGAUACGUUGCAACCCACUACAGCCAAUUCAAGCAUCAUGAUUCCAGAUGAAGUGUCCAAGCCUAAAUGUUUGCUCACCACUGAACUGUGAAUUGAACUAUAUAUCCAUGGAAACACUAGAAAGCGCACCCAAGUUCUCCAUGGGAGAUGCAGAUAUGCCAUAUUUGUACAAGUAUAUUCCUGUUACAGUUUUACGAAAAUACAAGGAGAGGGUACUGCUUCAGUCAUUUUACACUGGAAGUCCUUCAAGAAUGAGAAAUGCCUUUUCUGAUGGUCAAGCACCUAACAUUCCACUUGUAAGAAAAAAAGGUGUUUUUAUUAUUUCUUCUAUUGCUGGACGGACUGCCUUACUUAGCUGAAUUUAUUUUGUUUUUCAUUUUAUGAUCCAACAUAAACAAUGUCUUUUAAUGUGCAACAAUUUGGAGCUUGGAGAGAAUUGUUCUCCAUUUCCAGUAUCUACUGUGACGUGUGAAUCAGAUUUUCCUACACUGUGACAAUUUGCCAUUCAGAAAACUCUGAAUGCUUCGCCCUAAAGACUGCUUUCUAUUCAGGA